GAUAACAACAAAACUCAUAUUUUACAUUUAACUCCACACGGGAAUCUGUUCACUUGUGUCGGACCCGACUGUAGUGAACGAUUCCCGGUGUUUUCCGUCGCCCUUAAAGGCAUUUCUGGCGAUGUUGUUUAUCUGUAGUAAGGGGGGGCUUGAAACCGCCCUCCCUUGCCCCAUUUCCUCGGUUGUUUUCCUUCUCUCGCCUGGAUUCUCCAUGUUGUUGGUGCAAGAGUGAAGACUUCGCAGCGACGGGUGAGGGGGGCUGCUCAGCGAUAUUACCAGUAAUAGUCGCGGUAAACCCGAGACGACGGGGCUGACAUUCUCAAAUAGCCUGCAAAAAAACAUAUCCAAAGUGCCUUGCCCCCUCCCCAGGCGGACCUCCGAAAGAAGAACAAGAAGAAGAAGAAGAAGAGCGGCGGCGGUGGGGGAAUAAAGAAACCCAGGAACAAGAUAAAUCCUACUCUCAUCGGGGAUUUGUAACUGAGGCGGAUGACAAGAGUUACCUCGGCGAAUACUUGAGUCUAUUUGUCAAUAAAACCCAAUGAGGGAUGCCCAUCAGUGCUCGGGGACAGGAUUUGAGGAUUUUGAGGGCUCCGUGAUUGUCAGAUGGAAAGUUCUGUUAUCACCCAAGUGCAGAAAGAAGACGUUCAAGUGUCACCGAAAACAGGCCAGGUGAGCCGGUCUGCCCUGAAACAGCCUCGGAGUUGUAACAUCUUCAAAGCACUCUUCUGUUGCCUCCAAGCUCAGGAUGGCCCCAAACCGCCACCACCAACGCCACCACCUUCCCAGCAGGCCUUGCUGGAGUCACAGGAAAAUGGGACUGUUGUCAAGCAAUAUGAACCCAGUCUCCUGCCUGAGGUAGAGGCCCAGGACCAAGGGAAGAUAUGUGUGGUCAUAGACCUGGAUGAGACCCUAGUGCACAGCUCAUUCAAGCCUAUUAGUAAUGCAGACUUCAUCGUGCCUGUGGAGAUAGAGGGGACCACACACCAGGUGUAUGUGCUGAAGAGGCCGUAUGUGGAUGAGUUCCUGCAGAGAAUGGGAGAGUUGUUUGAAUGUGUGCUGUUUACAGCCAGUCUCGCAAAGUACGCAGACCCGGUGACGGACCUGCUGGAUCAAUGUGGUGUAUUCCGAACCCGGUUAUUCCGGGAAUCUUGCGUAUUCCACCAGGGCUGCUAUGUCAAAGAUUUGAGCCGCCUGGGCAGAGACCUCCACAAAACCCUCAUCCUGGACAACUCUCCUGCCUCCUACAUCUUCCACCCUAAUAAUGCUGUCCCUGUGGUGUCAUGGUUCGACGACGUGGACGACUCUGAACUGCUCAACCUUCUGCCUGUGUUCGAAGAACUUAGUCAAGUUGAUAAUGUUUACACCGGGCUGGACCAGCUUCGUGGACAUUAAGCUCUCAAUGGACCAGCUCAGCUCCUGUUUGAACUCCAGCUUGUCUUCAACUACAAUAGAACCAUAUAUCGGGAUUAGAUACUAGAGUAUUCAGACGCUGUUCUUCUAGCCUCUGCACAAAAUCCUCAGUUUAGAAAAUUGUAUUAUCAUGGGGUUAAGGAAAUUCCAAGCCUGGAAAACACAAUGUGUUUGACUCAACUGAAACUAUAGAUUGCAAUCUGAGGCCUUUCCUCUGAACCUCAGUGCUGACAUUUUUGACAACCACUAUGAGAACGAGCGGGAAACAAUAACCAAAGCAGUCCCAUCACAAUCACUCCAGUUUAUAUGAAUAUUAAAGGGGUUCUUUUGCCAAAGCAGAAGGCUGCCUGCCCUGACUUGACUUUUGGACAUGUUCUUUUUUUAUUAUUGUGCCUUUUUAAGGAACAACAAAGAAAAAAAAACUAUCAGCUCUUUUUUUAAAUUUUCACCAGAUUUUAUACAUUUAAUGAUUUCUUUUUUAUAGGUUGUUUUAUAAGGAAAUCUAUUUUUAAACAGUGAACAUGGUUCUUCUAUGCAACCCAGUUCUGUAAUUACAUGGACAGUACCUCCUAAGUAGCCAGUCAAUAAUUGCAUUCAGCAGAUGUAAACAUUACUGUAGCCUUAUUUACCUGUAAAUGAGCAGCAAAAAAAGUGUAUUUUCCUUAUACUUUUACUAUAAACACAAUUUCUACAAAACAUACAAAUAUACAGUACGUCAUUAGUAGUCAGAUUGAUAUUUGAUAUAUUGGUUAUAAGUUAAGUAAACAGGGUGAAAUCUUGUCUUUGACGGUUCGUUGAAAGCAGACACACUGGAAUAUGAUGGCACAUAGGACGGCCAGAAAUGCCACAGUUUUCAGUCAAGGUUCAAUAAUUUGUUACUAUGUUUUUCUUUUAUUACUAUAUGACAUACAACUUGCACUUGUUUUAUAUUGACAGUGCUGAAAGUAAAAACUGUGCCUUUGAAAUUCGGACAGAGAAUUGUGUUCUGCCUGAAAAGAGAUUUGCAGGCCUACACAGUCUGAUGUGUCAUGCUGAGCGUGAGAAAACACUGUCAAGGGCAAGUGUAAUGCCAUGUGGCUGUGGUACUUGCAGUGCAACACUUGAAAAUAUCAAAAAAAAUAUUAGCAUAGUGUGAGCGUUUUUUUCUAUAUUUAUUGGCCAAAAACCUGUAAUGUCCAGUAUUUCUUAAUGCUUAACAUUUUGUAUUCUAAUCUACUUGCCUACUUUGAGGCUGGCCUUGUGUUUAACUGUUUUAUUUGUGCCUAAAUAACAUACAUUUUGCUGUCAAAGUUCUUGGAUAAUUCAAAAACUUAAGCAGUUAAAUCAAAUAAACCAUUAACAAGUAAAGACAAGAUUCAAUCAAGAAAGAACACCUUUUUCUCAUUUUAAAUUCAGUACAACAGAUAUUUUGUGGGGGUAUGUUUCCUGGGUAAUGUGGUUUUUCUAUGAUGUUUAAUUUCUGAUGCAAUUAUUGCCUGCAUGUUAACUUGUAAAAUAUGACAAUGAAAUUGUACCAGUUGUGAUGACCAAAAGUAUUUGUUUAGACAGUCACAAUUUGUCUUUGUGUAUCAGAAUAAAUCAAAAACUCAUUUUGUCUACCUGAUCUGACCAAAACUCUAACAGACAAGGUGCUACCAGAUUUUAUUUUAAAAUAAAAAUUGGUAUUAUACAAUA